UCAGUCAGUCUGCGGGGCACAGGAUCGCGUGGAAGGCUGCUGCAAGCUCCAAGGCGCCGCCUCCGCCGCCCAGAGUCCGGUUCGGUGCGGCCGCCGCCGAGCGAGCUCCUCCCGCCGCCGCCGCCGCCGCGCCGUGCCCCCGACCGCCCGCCGCCCGCUUGCAAGCUCGCCCGCCCCUGGGGCCCCGGCGCCAAACGAGGUGGGCAGCCACGCCGGCCAUGGACCGCCAGAACUGAACAGCCGCCGCGGAGCCCCUGGCCCUCGCCCCUCCCCAGCCCCACGCCCGCGGUGCCCUCGCCCCUCUUCGCCCUUCGCCCAGGAAAGGCGGGGAAAAGACGGGGAUUAACCCGAAGAAAGAAGGGAGUGGGGGGGGGGGUGGGGAGAGCCAGUAUCUCCCCUGGGGCAAUCGCCCAUCGCCCCCCGAUCCCACCGCGCGCAGAACUUUCGGGGGACGACUUUUACCCAUUUUGCGCCCCCUUUUUGCCAAACCGUAAAAUGAAAGGACAAAAGUUGGCGCUGACUCUUGUAGCUCCGAUGGCGACUUGUGCAUUUUCAGCGGCAUCUCCUGGAGAAAAAGCCCUGCGCGCCUGAUUGUUCUGUGGCCCCAAAGAUUCAGUGUGUGCGUGUGGGGGGGGGGGGUGGGGGGGGGUGUGUGGGUGUGUGUCUGUGUGUGUACACAGACGUCCACACACUCACUCGCGGCCGCAGGAUCAGCGCCUGGAAGCAGACGUUUCGGCCACAGACUUGGAGAGGAGGAGCUGGAGAUCGGGAGGCGUGAGCCGCCAGGAGUUUGCAGAAUCCGUGGUGUGAAUGAACUGGGGGCACCUGGGCGCGCGGAUCGCCCCCGCCCCCGCCUAGGGCCAGAGUUGAGUAGUGGGGGCAUUUUUUUUUCACCCUCUUGUGAAGAAUUUUUUUUUUUUUUAUUAUUUGUUGUAAAGUCUUUUGCACAAUCACGCCCACAUUUGGGGUUGGAAAGCCCUAAUUACCGCCGUCGCUGAUGGACGUUGGAGAGGGAGCGCCUCGCCGCGGAACAGUCGCCUGCACGCCCUCGCCGGACCCGCGGCUCCCUUGUUGCGCGCCGGCCCGGCUUUGCCUUUGCUACCGGCCGACGGGCUUCGGCGCCCGCUCGGUUCCCUGGCGCAUCCCGGCGCUGCUCCGGCUCGGGCCCCCAAACUUGGGCGUCAGUGACCGCUUCGCCUGUGAUUUCCUGCGCCUGCCGGACGCGCCCAGGAGGAGCCCGAAGCUCUGCGCCGGAUCGUCCCCCCAGGCUUAACCCGGCCGCUCCGCUCGGAUUCCUCGGCUGCCCUCGCUCUAGUGGCGACUUCCUCCCCGCAGCCGCGUCCCCUCCCCCUCGCCAUGAAGAAGGCGAUUGGAAUAUUAAGCCCAGGAGUUGCUUUGGGGAUGGCUGGAAGUGCAAUGUCUUCCAAGUUCUUCCUAAUGGCUUUGGCCAUAUUUUUCUCCUUCGCCCAGGUUGUAAUAGAAGCCAAUUCUUGGUGGUCGCUAGGUAUGAAUAACCCUGUUCAGAUGUCAGAAGUAUAUAUCAUAGGAGCACAGCCUCUCUGCAGCCAACUGGCAGGACUUUCUCAAGGACAGAAGAAACUGUGCCACUUGUAUCAGGACCACAUGCAGUACAUCGGAGAAGGCGCGAAGACAGGCAUCAAAGAAUGCCAGUAUCAAUUCCGACAUCGAAGGUGGAAUUGCAGUACCGUGGAUAACACCUCUGUUUUUGGCAGGGUUAUGCAGAUAGGCAGCCGCGAGACGGCCUUCACGUACGCGGUGAGCGCCGCGGGGGUGGUGAACGCCAUGAGCCGCGCGUGCCGCGAGGGCGAGCUGUCCACGUGCGGCUGCAGCCGCGCCGCGCGCCCCAAGGACCUGCCGCGGGACUGGCUGUGGGGCGGCUGCGGCGACAACAUCGACUACGGCUACCGCUUCGCCAAGGAGUUCGUGGACGCGCGCGAGCGGGAGCGCAUCCACGCCAAGGGCUCGUACGAGAGCGCGCGCAUCCUCAUGAACUUGCACAACAACGAGGCCGGCCGCAGGACGGUGUACAACCUGGCUGAUGUGGCCUGCAAGUGCCACGGGGUGUCGGGCUCCUGUAGCCUCAAGACCUGCUGGCUGCAGCUGGCUGACUUCCGCAAGGUGGGCGACGCCCUGAAGGAGAAGUACGACAGCGCGGCCGCCAUGCGGCUCAACAGCCGGGGCAAGCUGGUGCAGGUCAACAGCCGCUUCAACUCGCCCACCACGCAGGACCUGGUCUACAUCGACCCCAGCCCCGACUACUGCGUGCGCAAUGAGAGCACGGGCUCGCUGGGCACGCAGGGCCGCCUGUGCAACAAGACGUCCGAGGGCAUGGACGGCUGUGAGCUCAUGUGCUGUGGCCGCGGCUACGACCAGUUCAAGACCGUGCAGACGGAGCGUUGCCACUGCAAGUUCCACUGGUGCUGCUACGUCAAGUGCAAGAAGUGCACGGAGAUUGUGGACCAGUUCGUGUGCAAAUAGCGGGCGCUCGACGCCUGCCUGUCACCCUGCCCCGCUCCCAGGACCCACUUAUUUAUAGAAAGUACAGUGAUUCUGUUUUUUUUUUUUUUUAAUAUUGUUUUAUUUUCCCCUGAGAAUUACAACCGGAACCAUUUUUUUCUGUUCCCAUCUAAAAACUCUGUGGUUUAUUAUUAAUAUUUUAAUUAUUAUUUGGCAAUAAUGGGGGGUGGGAACCAAGAAAAAAAUAUUUAUUUUGUGCAUCUUUGAAAAGGUAAGGCAAAACUUCUUUUGACGGUACAGGAUGAGGGGGAAUUACAUGUACCCUUAGUUGUGUGCACAUCUAGAAGGGAAAAAUGUUUUCUUUUUCUCAACUAAGGGGUCAGAUAUGGAACAGGUAGCAUCCAACUGGAAGGGGGUGGUACAGAUCUAUGCAGGACCCAGCCUCUGUGAUCAAAGUGAAUUGCGAAUGCUCUGGGGAGGGUGGAGAGGUCUUGAGAAACCAACAAAAAAUGAGGCGCCCUCCCCCACCCCCUUCCCUAGGGACUGCCAACCUGAAACAGUUUCAAAAUGGUAAUUUAAAAGGUAACAGCCAGAAUCUCCUAUCCUUCAAAGGAAGAAGGUAUAUUAUUUGUGUCUGUUUUCUCAAACAUUCUAUCUGCAGAUGGUCUUAACACUAGUAGCUACUGAAACUUGGGGAGCAGGGAGGAAAAUCCCGGUAGUUGAAGACCUGAGAAACACAGGUAUCAAGAUACUGACUUGAAGCUGUUAACAGGUAUUAGGUUAUCAGAUUGGAAAAGGAUUCCCAUGUGGUUCUGGGUACUAGACUUUUUGUUUGGAGAGAGGUGGGGAGGUUGGCUUGAAUAUGAAGAAAAAUAUACUGUAAUUUUCUUAGGGAUACUUGGUUAAUAAAUAACAUUAAUGAAAAAUAAUAAAUGAAUCCAUUCACAGAUCCUCAGCCCAGACGACAAGGUAAUUAUGUGCAGGUCAGCGUUGCACCAGAGCAGAAAACCUGUUUGAGGGGAAAGAGUGAAAUCGGUCCUCCUACUUGACCCCAGGACCUCUCUGAUUCCUCCUUGCUUUGCUUCGAUGUGAUGCUGGCCAUGUUGCGAAAGGCAGCAGCUCAACUGGGUCCCCUUUGAUUGUGGGACAGGAAAUGAAGUAUUACAAGCUCCACUUGGGAAACAGUCCACUACUUAGGGAUUUUUUUUCCCCUAAAACUUUUAUUUGGAGGAGCACCAGUUUUUGUAUGUUUUAAUGACGUUAACAUGGCUAAUGGAGUUCCCAGAGGUGCUGCUGCGUUCACUGUUGUGAUCCUGUGUAGAGACUUUCCACUCAAGCUUUUCCUAUUAUACUGCAGGUGUGCCCCAAGACUGUUCUAGUGUACUUGAACAGUUGCAUUUAUAAGGGGGGGAUACGGUUUAAUGGUGCCUCAUAUCUCAAAGUCUUUUGUAAAUAACAUAUAUAUAUAUACACACACACACACAUCUAUAUAUAAAUAUAAAUAUAAUUAUAUCUCAGUGCAGCCAGUGAUUUCUAGUUUACUCUGGGGUUAUUUCUCGGUCUAGAGCAUUGUUAUCCUUCAUUGCAAUCCAAUUGGGAUUUUUCCAAAAGGUUUCUGGGUUGAGCCUGGGCUGUGGCCCUGAUGUGAUCACAUCUUAAGCAUCACGAAGCAGCCUUGUUUCUGAGGAAUCUGGAAGGUCUUACCUGAUAUGCAUGUUGGUUUGAAGACUUCUUUCAUCAUCCCUGUGCCACCCCCUUUCUCCAACCUCCAUUUCUGUACACUUUCCAGAAAGGGCAUUACUCCUUUGUCAUAGAGGUGGAAAUGAAGAGUUUCAAAACUCGGAAGCUUUGUCAAUGCGUCUGUUUCCUUGGUUCAUUUUGCAGAGUGAAAACCGGUGCCUGUUAGAUCUGGAGGUACCUGAGUCCAAGGAAAACUGAGCUUACGACAUACAUAGCUAGUUAGAGAGAUUUUUUUUUUUUUUAAAGCAAGGACACCGUUUUCCUAAAAAUGCCAUCAAAUGUGUUCUUAUCUCAGACUUACGCUGUUCUAAAAGUUUGGAAAGAUACACAUCUCCUGCAACCGUCCUAGGCUUGGUGGUCUUCAUAAUCACCUCCACCACCUGUGGCUCUUAAUUUAUUGCACAAGGAUAUUCACUUCCCCUCAGUUGCAGUGAAUUGCAAGCAAAAGAUCUUGAAAUUAAAAAGCACUAAUUAGUUUAAAAUGUCACUUUUUUGGUUUUUAUUAUACAAAAACCAUGAAGUAAUUUUUUUUAUUUACUAAACCAGAUUUUGUUCCUUUUUAGUGAUUCAUGUUUAUGAAGAGAGUUGAGUUUAACAAUCCUAGUUUUUAAAAGAAACUAUUUAAUGUAAAAUAUUCUACUUGUCAUUCAGAUAUUAUGUAUAUCUUCUAUGGCCUUUAUUCUGUACUUUUAAUGUACAUAUUUCUGUCUUGCGUGAUUUGUAUAUUUCACUGGUUUAAAAAACAAACAUUGAAAGGCUUAUGCCAAAUGGAAGAUAGAAUAUAAAAUAAAACGUUACUUGUAUAUUGGUAA